GAUACAACAUGGCCACCUGCAUGAGGAUGUUGGGUGCGUGGAGGCAGCUGUACAGCGACGGGAUUCUUUUACUUAGAAACAAACCCUGGGCUUUAAGUACAGGCGCCAGGCGUUUUUUCCCCGGCGAUGUGACCAUUACGAGUGAACUACAGGGAAAACGCUUGUAUUCUACGAAUUGUACUUACCGUAAACCAUCCUUAUGCAACGGCAGGUUUGGUAAUGUUACUGGAUCAAUGACAGUGACAAGGAGAUUAGUAAAUCCAAGUGGAUGGGCAAGAGUCUCUAGUGUUUGGGCUGGCAGGACAGACACAGUGGGUAGUGGGGAUUUAAUCAACUACAACCAGAGAAGGUAUCUAUUUGGCAAUCGCGGCAGUGGCUUCUCGGGAGAGGACGGAGAAGAGAGCAGCGGUUCUGGAGGAGAUGAAGCAGGGGACGGAGGCGAUGGAGGAGCUGCUUACUCCGCUCCACAAAUGACAGCUCUUACUCCAAUGAUGGUGCCUGAAGUGUUCCCAAACGUACCACUCAUCGCUGUCAGCAGAAACCCGGUUUUCCCACGGUUCAUCAAAAUAAUCGAGGUGAAGAAUAAGCAGCUGGUGGACCUUCUCAGAAGAAAAGUCCGUCUGGCCCAACCAUAUGCAGGGGUAUUUCUCAAGAGGGACGAUGCUAACGAGUCUGAUGUGGUGGAAAGCUUGGAUGAUGUCUACAGCACUGGGACCUUUGUGCAGAUUCAUGAGAUGCAGGACCUGGGUGACAAACUUCGUAUGAUUGUCAUGGGCCAUCGCAGAAUCCGCAUCACCAGGCAGCUGGAGGUUGAUCCAGAUGAACCCUCUGCUCCACAGCUAGAGGGCGAGGAGGGAAAGCAGCUCAAGACCCCACGGCGCAAGCCGAAGCGGCCGCGCAAGGAGGGCUCCUCAGUUGCAGAGGCCAUGGAGGAGCGUGUGCAGGAGGCGGACCUGGUGAUUGAACCAGUCAGCGUGCCUCCUGCAUCCCCCGAGAUCCUCAUGGUGGAAGUAGACAAUGUACUGCAUCAGGACUUCCAGGUUACAGAGGAGGUCAAGGCUCUUACAGCAGAAAUAGUCAAGACCAUCCGUGACAUCAUUGCCCUUAAUCCACUGUACAGAGAGUCUGUCCUUCAGAUGAUGCAGGCUGGACAGAGGGUGGUUGAUAAUCCCAUCUACUUGAGUGAUAUGGGAGCUGCCCUCACUGGAGCAGAGUCACAUGAGCUACAAGAUGUCCUGGAAGAGACGAAUAUUCCAAAACGUCUGUACAAAGCCCUGUCGCUCCUGAAGAAGGAAUAUGAGCUUAGUAAACUGCAGCAGCGCCUGGGCAGGGAGGUGGAGGAGAAGAUCAAGCAGACCCACAGAAAGUACCUCCUGCAGGAGCAACUGAAGAUCAUCAAGAAGGAGCUGGGUCUGGAGAAGGAAGAUAAGGACGCAAUUGAGGAGAAGUUCCGUGAGCGGCUGAAGGACAGCGUAGUGCCGCAGCAUGUCAUGGAUGUCAUCAAUGAAGAGCUCAACAAGCUCAGCCUGCUGGACAACCACUCCUCCGAGUUCAAUGUAACACGGAAUUAUCUAGACUGGUUGACCUCUAUGCCGUGGGGCAGGAACAGUGAGGAAAACCUAGAGCUGAGCCGGGCUAAGGACGUGCUGGAAGAAGAUCAUUAUGGAAUGGAUGACGUCAAGAAGCGCAUCCUGGAAUUCAUUGCGGUGAGUCAGCUGAGGGGCUCCACUCAGGGUAAGAUCCUUUGCUUCUAUGGGCCUCCUGGUGUUGGAAAAACCAGUAUAGCUCGCUCCAUUGCCCGAGCUCUCAACCGAGAGUAUUUCCGCUUCAGCGUUGGUGGCAUGACAGACGUGGCUGAAAUCAAGGGGCACAGGAGAACAUAUGUGGGGGCAAUGCCAGGGAAGAUCAUUCAGUGCCUGAAGAAGACAAAGACAGAAAACCCCCUGGUCCUCAUUGAUGAGGUUGACAAGAUAGGUCGAGGUUACCAGGGUGACCCAUCAUCAGCUCUGCUGGAGCUUCUGGACCCAGAGCAGAAUGCCAACUUCCUUGACCAUUACCUGGAUGUGCCUGUGGACUUGUCCAAGGUGCUUUUCAUCUGCACUGCCAACGUGAUUGACACCAUCCCAGAGCCCUUGAGGGACCGUAUGGAAAUGAUAAAUGUGUCUGGAUAUGUGGCCCAGGAAAAACUGGCCAUUGCUGAGAGGUACCUUGUGCCCCAGCUGCGAAUUCUCUGUGGUCUGGAUGAGCAGAAGACCACGAUCUCAUCUGAGGCCCUAAAUGUCCUUAUCAGACAAUACUGUAGAGAGAGCGGUGUCAGGAACCUGCAGAAACAAGUGGAGAAGGUGUUCCGAAAGGUGGCAUUCCGCAUUGUGAAUGGGGAGGAGAGCUCAGUGCAGGUCACACCUGAGAACCUCCAGGAUUAUGUGGGGAAACCCAUCUUCACUGUGGACAGGAUGUAUGAUGUCACACCUCCUGGAGUGGUCAUGGGCCUGGCCUGGACAGCUAUGGGUGGCUCCACACUAUUCAUUGAGACAUCCUUGAAGCGCCCACGGGAAAAGCAGGGGGAAGACGGGCCCCGGGAGGGCUCCCUGGAGGUGACAGGUCAGCUGGGUGACGUGAUGAAGGAGAGUGCAAAAAUCGCCUACACCUUUGCCCGUGCCUUCCUCAUGAAGGAGCAGCCUGACAAUGACUUCCUGGUGGGCUCCCACCUGCAUCUCCAUGUGCCUGAGGGUGCUACUCCAAAGGAUGGGCCAAGCGCAGGGUGCACCAUCGUCACAGCUCUGCUGUCUCUGGCUACUGAUACACCCGCGCGCCAGAAUGUGGCAAUGACUGGGGAAGUGUCUCUGACUGGCAAGAUCCUGCCAGUGGGUGGCAUAAAGGAAAAGACCAUAGCUGCAAAGCGAGCUGGCGUGACCUGCAUCAUUCUGCCAGCAGAGAACAGGAAGGAUUUCUCUGACCUGCCUGACUACAUCACAGAAGGGCUAGAGGUGCAUUUUGUGGAACAUUACCGCCAGAUCUACGACAUUGUUUUCCCAAGACCUUGACUACUGCCCCGGGAGAUCAUCCACCUUGAUGGGACAAAGCUGAGCAGGCACUCAGUGUGCCUAUGAUGCUAAGCUCAGCAACCACCUCCAGCCAAGGGCUGGGGGGGAAUCUAGUGCUUUUAUAUCAGAUGUUUCUGAUCACACUGCUAGCUAGUGAAUGGUGCAAGGUGUACGUCAGCACAGUUGAUCUGCUGUAGUUUGACAGGACCCUCCCUACUGGUAGACUGCAACAGUGGAUGCAAAAUGCAUUUCAUGUGGAGACCAGCACUGAUUGCUAACCAAAAUGGACCACAAGAACAGAGGGAUUUGACCUGAUGUUUGAGUACAGACCAAAGGGGGGGGUGCCUGCUUUGCUAUUAAGGCCAAAAGGAUCCCAGGGUCUUCAAGAGGGAUCGAGACAUUGCUGCUAAGCAGCCCACACUAGUGAAGAAUUAAAACUUUUUAAACAAAUUUUUGGCUGUUGCAUUUAUUGUAAUGGAAAUGUAAUAGUUAAUAGAUUGACCUUUUGACAAAGGAAAGACGAACAUUCAGAGCAAAGGAAAUGUUGCCUGUAUGUUACAUGGGCAAGGUAUUGUUUGGACUGCUAGCAUUUCCUGGUUACAUUUAAGCAUCCAGUUCUCCUGUACUAUUUACAGCACCCGUUUGACAUUUCCCAUUUUUAAAAAAACUGCAGUACAAAUUCAUGUGGACAGGAUUAACUGUAGCAAGUUAAAUUGUUUGCACAGGUCUUGAUAGAAAAUUAUUUUUCCCACCUCUUAUGGAAAACAAGGUAUGUCCAACUGUAGUCAUGACCUUGUCUUGUGAAUUGUGAAUAGAACUAUAGCUCUACCCUCAACAUCUGUACUGUUUUACAAAAAGAAAGCCUAAUUAAUGUACAGUACACAACAGCAUGUUCACAUGUACAUUUAAACCUUCACAGGUUUGUGUAGCAGACAAAUAUAACCUCAAAUGUUUUGUGACCCUUGUAUUUCACUUUGGCAUUUAUGUCCUCUCCAUUUAACAUCCAUUGUAGAGCCAUACAAGUUGCAGUUAUGUAAAAACAUGCAACCUGUAAAUGGAUUCUGGUCUCACAAAACA